AUGGCAACUCUGGACGAGCUGAAGGCGGCGUUGCAGGCCAGCGCUUCCUCGGCGACACCGCUAACCGUGCGGGAGCCAUUGUCCGAAGAACGAUAUGCGUCAGGCUUUGCCAUCCUCUCUCAUGAGCAAGACUCAUCGUACGGGUCCUUCAUCAUCCCCCAGCUAUCAAGGCUACUGCAAUCUACCCUCAGAUCCCGGAUCCAGAUUUCGGUGCUGGAAAUCGGACCGGGACCGCGGAGCGUCCUAGGGCAGCUCCCCGAGAACCUGAGAGAGAGGGUCGGGGAGUAUGCGGCAUUCGAGCCCAACGCCAUGUUUUCUUCAACGCUGAAAGACUGGCUCCGGGCCGGUUCACAGCAUCAGCCGCCAUUUCCACGCCUCCAGAGCUCACCAUGGAUCCACGUCAGGCCGUUUACCGCUGGCCCUGCUGAGUCCGGCCAUCAUGACAAGUACGACGUCAUCCUAUUCUGCCACAGCAUGUAUGGCAUGAAACCUAAACGACAGUUUAUCCAGCACGCUCUGGGCAUGCUAGUCGAGCGACACGACGCCAUGGUCAUAGUCUUCCACCGAAGCAGAAGUCUGCACGUCCAAGGGCUGCUCUGCCGUCACAUGGCCUGCUCCCCCUCCGAAGUCGUUUCCGUACCGGAUCGAGACGAGGUCCUGGACUGCUUCGCACCUUUCGUUGCCGGCUUCACUCACCAGGAGGGCGACUCCGGGGAGACUGUCCGGCUUGAGUGGCGGCAUAUUUGCCGCACUUUGUGUGUUCGCGACAACGCGAGCGCGGGACAUCUAUGCUUCAGCGCUCCGACUGUCAUGAUGACUUUCUCCAGACACGCAACCGCCUUCGCCGACUUGGCGACCCAUGUUCCGCUGGGCAGCGUGGAUCACGUCAAGAAUCGCCAAGCACGCCGCCACCAGACUGCUUUCGUGGUCCGGCCAACGGAGCUAUCGCAUGUUCAAAAGUGCGUGUACUGGUCCCUCACGAACCACAUCAGCCUCUCGGUUGUCGGCGGCGGUCACGGCGGCCACUGCGUGCAGCCCAACGUCGUCUCCAUGGACAUGGCCGCAUUCAAUACCGUCGACCUUGUCGAGUACCCCGACGCACCGUCCGGCUCGGGCUUUGUCGUUGCCGGAGCGGGUUGCAGGAGCGAGGACAUUGUCCGAGAAGCCUUGGCCGUCGGUCUGACUGUGCCUCUCGGGUCGCGGCCCAGCGUGGGAGCAGGGCUGUGGCUGCAGGGCGGCAUCGGUCACCUGUCGCGGCUGCACGGGCUCGCCUGCGACGCCGUCGUCGGGGCUGUCGUGGUCUGCGUUGGCUCGGGCCGCAUCAUGGUUGUCGGCGAGGUACCAGCGCGAUUCCAGCCCAGCGAUGCUGUCCGGCCGGAGAAUGAAGAGGAUCUGCUAUGGGCGUUGAAAGGCGCGGGUACCAACUUUGGCAUCGUAGUUGCUGUUGUGCUCAAGGCUUUCCCGGCCGUCAACUACUCGAUCCGACAAUGGAUCGCGCCGCUGCGGACCCGUUCCGAGACCCGGCAAAGGCUCACGGGCAUAGAUUCCCUGGCCGUCAAGCUCCCGCGCGCCAGUUCCACAGACGUCUUUCUCUACUGCGAUUCCGAAGGGCUCACACAUGUCUCCGUAAGCAUGUCAGAGUGCUCUGAGGCUAUAGCUACCACUAGCAGUGCGCCGCCGAGCGUGUGCGCGCUUCUUGGGCCUGAGGACUGCAGCAACACGGUCGAUGCCAUCGGCUUGUACGAGACGGAGAUGUACCUUUCCAGCAUCCAUGGUGGACCCGGUGGGAAAAAGACUUCCUCAUUCAAGCGAUGCAUAUUCUUGAACAGCAUCGGCCAAGCGAACGUAACAGAGUCUCUGCUUGCGGCUCUCAAGUGUCGCCCCUCAUCGCUCUGCUACCUGCACCUACUGCAUGCUGGCGGGGCCGUGGCCGACGUAGCUGCCCAUGCCACUGCCUUUGGCUGUCGAGAUUGGACAUUUGCAUGUGUUAUCACUGGUGUCUGGUUUCGAGACCAAGACGCGUCGGCGAGCGAGCGAGCCGCGGUAGAUUGGGUCUACGACGCUGCAUACAAACUGCUCCCCUUGGGUACCGGAGCCUACGGUGCGGAUCUCGGACCAGAUCCGAGGGAUAUACCACUGGCCGUGCGCUCAUUCGGGCCGAAUUUACAUCGUCUGGCUUGCUUGAAGCAAAGGUAUGAUCCACAGCAUGUUCUGGCUUAUGCAUGUCCCAUUAUCUGCCCACGGCCAAGGCAGCGGCUCAUCAUCCUCGUCACCGGCCAACAUGGCGUUGGCAAAGACUACUGUGCUCAAGUCUGGACUUCAGCACUCGCGAAUCACAUAGAUAGAGGCAACGCCAAUCUUCAAGUGCGUUCAGUUUGUAUUAGCGACGUAGCCAAAGCAGAGUACGCCGCGGCUACGGGAGCAAACCUAGGUCGACUGCUUCGCGACCGGGUGUACAAGGAAGAACAUCGGUCAGCGCUGACAAAGUUUUUCAACGACCAACUACAUAUAAGACCUGGACUAAUGGCAGAUCAUUUCUUGCAAGUGGUCUACGACGUAGCGGAAGUGGACGUUCUCAUCAUCACAGGCAUGAGAGACGAGGACCCGAUCGCCAACCUGUCACCCUUGAUCCCUGAUGUUCGGCUGAUCGAGGUUCGCGUAACGGCAAGCAACGAGACACGACGCACACGGAGAUGUCUUGCAGGCGAGACCAAGGACAUUUCUGAAGAUGCCGGCGAUAAAAGCGAGUGGGCUCCCAGCCUGCACUUCCACAACGAAAAGGCCGGAGACGAGGCAGUGCACAACUUUGCAGACAACUUUCUUCUUCGCUACCUGUCCCAUGAUCUGCAACGACUGGAAGACAUGGUGCGCAUCGUUCCCAACUUCCCACGCCCUGGAAUCCAGUUCCGCCACGUCCUAGGCAUCGCCCAGCAGCCCGGUGGCCUGUCACUGUGCACCUCCCUUCUCCAAGGCCACUUCCCCGGCGACUGGUCCAGCAUCGACGCCGUCGCCUGCUGCGAGGCCGGCGGCUUUCUGUUCGCGUCGCCGCUUGCCGCGAGCGUCGAUAUACCGCUGGUGCUGAUGCGCGAGGCCUGCAAGCUGCCCCCGCCCAUGCUGUCCGUCGCCAAGUCGUCGUCGCACAUCUCGUCAAGCGACCUGGGUGGCGACGGCAAGAGGAUAGAGGCGGAUCGUGAUGCUCUGCGGGGGUGUCGGUCCGUGGUGGUGGUGGACGAUGCGCUAGCGAGUGGCAAGACGCUCUGCGCAAUACUGCGUCUGCUGUGCAAGGCGGGCAUCGCGCCGGAGCGCAUCAGCGCCAUGAUCGUUGCCGAGUUUCCGUCACAUCGCGCCCGAGAAAUGCUGCGUAAGCAGGGGUUCGGAAUGGUUGCGAUUAGCAGUCUGAUGGUGUUUGGCGGGGCAUGA